AUGAGUUUCGGAGCCCCAGGCGGUGCCGCUGCUAACUUCAAACCUACUCCACCGGAGCGAGGAAGUUUCCCACUUGACCAUGACGGCGAAUGCAAACACCUGAUACAAAACUACUUGAGAUGUCUCAAAUCGCAAGGAGGUGUGAAUAACGAGGAUUGCCGGAAGCUUGCCAAGGGCUAUUUGGGUUGUCGCAUGGAUAAAAAUCUCAUGGCACCCGACGAAUUCAAAAAUCUUGGCCUUGAGUUCAAAGAUAAAUCUACUGGGGACGAUCCGACAGCGAAGAAAACAUCGCGGGGAGGACCACGAUACGUCUUCCACACCCCCGCCAACCCCGACCUUGAGAAGCUCCUCGGUCCCAACUUUCGUCGCGGAAGAGGCGCCAACGAUUUCGGAUCCGAUGAAGAAAGCCAAUCCAGCUCCGAUGAAGAAGACGAAGAACCCAUUGGUCCCGGAGGUGGAGGAAGUGGCGGAGGCGGCACUGCUGGUGGUAGCUCUGCAGGCGGAGGAGCAGGUCGAACGAGCGCCGCGAAUGUCGACGAUGGUACCUCUACGACUGCCUCAUCCGCGGGUGGUGAAUCGCAGCGUCCGCCGUCACUCAACUCGGGCAAAGUGAGGAAGAAAGCGGAUUUGGAGGAUAGUACUGAUUUGACGGCUCUUGGCAGAGGGUCGAUGUCUACAAGUUAUAGUGCGGUGUUUGAUUCCGUGUUUGGAGUACCGUCGGAAGUAUGGGAGAAGCUGCUUAGUCCGACUCGUGCGUGGCACAAGAGGCGGUUUGAGAUUGGGAUUAAUGAUCUUGCAUUUGUGGGAUGGCCUGUUUUUGUGCGCGACGAUGGUCAUUGGCGGAAGAAGAGUAGGAGGAGGAAACGCCAGAAGCCGAAGAACAGUCAAGAGACGAAAAAUGGCCAGGAGUGCGACGAUGCGAAUCCGACAUCUGAUAAUGACAUUCCUGACGGCACUCAGUCCUCUAGAGACGAGGAUAAUGCAGACAAGACCGACGUUGAAGAUAACGCCGAUAGUCAGACUGGCAGCCCGGAAAGUGAUAAAGAUACCAUGUCCAUGUUCAACGUGGUCUUUGUUAUGGCUCCUCCAGUUCUUGAGUAUUCGAUGCAUCUGAAAGAGAUGUAUGAACAUGUCAUCAAGAAGUUCAGCAAAGCUUUAAAGUACGAACAGGAUCAUUCGGAUUACGUGUGGAAGGAAGCGCAGCAUAUUCUGCAAAUCAAGGAACGGGCACGCGAGCGAGAUGUCUCUGGAGAGAACCUGCACGACGAACUCGUGUCAAAGUCGUCUCUAGCCGCAGCUAUACAUUCGGUAUUUGACAAAAUAUCCAAGUCAGAUAUUGCGUUCGUCUCUCUCAAAUCACGUUCCGCCGACUUCCAGAUACCGCCGACGACAUCAAUUGCAGAAUUACCUUCAAGCAGCGACACGUCACUAGCUGGUAUGUGGCUCACCACAGCAAAUACAGUCAAUGCAGACCACGGCGCGGAAAUUGAAGUUCCCAACCAAGUACUGGCCAAGCAUUUUGCAUUGCUUCUCCUUGAAAGCGAGGCGAGUAUCAUGGAAGCAUUAAAAGGCAGCGAACUAGCUCCAGCGCUUUCACAUUAUAUUCGAAGCUCACGACCCAACAAAUCCUUUGCACAGAUAUCAGCAUUAUCGGGUAUUCCACUUGACACCAUUCACGACCUCGCGCAGCACCUGGUGUAUUGGAGACGAGCUCGAGCCAUCCCACCGUUACAUCAGAGAGAUACUUAUAUCGUGUCGCCGAACUGCGAUCUCAGUCAGUUGAAAAAAGCCACUCAGUCCUAUGCUGCUACCUUUCCGACUCUUCCCAGUCUACCUAAGAUGCUAUCAGCAUUAAGCGGCACCCCGCGGCCGUAUGCGACUUUUAUCCCAAGUAAAGACCAUAAAGAAACGUAUUUUGCGAUUCUUGCUUGGCUUCUGAGAGGCGGGKGGGUGACUCAGUUGAGAACUUUUUCGCGCGUCAAAGUCACUCCCGAAAUCAAGUUUGUGGUCGAGCAAAAAAUGCGCAAGGAACAGCUAGAGAAGUACAUCGCUUCUGGAGGACAUGCAAGCUCACCACAAUCGGAUAGAGCUUACGGCGAUAAUGCAGGUGGUCGGUACCAUGACGAUGCAGCAAGCACCAGAUCCUCAUCUUCCGUGACCAGUCAAACCAGUGGCCAACUCACGCCCCUCGCGCCUCGCCGCGGGUCGGACGAAGACCAUUCCCAGCUGUCAGACUCCUACAUGGAGCGCAAUGCACAUCUAAACAUGUCGUCUCUAAUCAUGUUUCCUCAUCGAGCCUCCCCACUCGAAUCCCGAUGGCUGGACGAGAUCAUGUCUCGUUUCCCCGACGCAAUACCACAGCCCAAACUAGCUCCGAAGACACAGCAGAACGAGACCGAAGACUCGGCAGCGACGGAUUCCUUGAAGGUGCACUGGCCGAAAUUCGUCAAGUAUUUCAAUGGCACCGAUGCUUUGGAGAAGAUAGCUGUACGUGAAGGGAUGAGACGGAAGGUUGUAUGGCAGCUUCUGCAGCGAUGGGGGCUGGGUCAGUCGGCUGUGCCGGGGCUGGAUGUGAGGGAGCAAGUCCUCGUCACCGUCCGGCACUGGUAA